AUGGGAUCAGGCGGUUCAGGCGUGUUUCGCCAGCCUAGCAUGCUGGCAACAUUGUCUACCACCAAUCAACAACCCAAAACCGAAGGUCUUUCUCGCACGCCUUCUACCAGGACACUGACACAAAGUCGCACUGGACCACCUGCCAGCCCAGCACAAUCAAGCAACAGGGCUUUCAACACCGCGUUUGGCAACCACAGAAAACCCGUAUCACCACAGCGCGAGAUAUCAGAGCCCGACUCUGAUCCAUUGCAGGAGUCAGAUUCGGAUUCUUCUGAUGGAGAAAGUCAGAGUAUGGCACGUAGUCAAGCCUUUAGACGACCAGCUCAUUACAACAACAAAGGCAAGUACGGCUAUGAAGACGAAGACGAAGACGAAGAUGGCGAAUCGUCUGGUGGUUUCCUGCCAUUCGCUACUACUGCCACUGGAAGUGCCGAUCCAACUGCGACCCUCAAAUCGCCGGUCAAGCGCGCAUCUGAGCAGAGGGCGAUCGCUCCGGACUCCUCGGCAUCUUNNCAGCUAGCUCCUGCAGCAGCCACUCAAGCCACCACACCAAGUGCAUUGAGUCCUAGACAUCGCGAGGAACUUUCCAAACUCAGCCCGAGGGUUCGUAGGGAGGGCAGCGAGGGCACACCGAGCAUGGGAAGCUCGUUCAGCGAUCUUGAUGUUCAGNAUGCCAGUAUCUCCCAAUCGGCCAUAGAGGAGGCAUUCAUGAGCCACAUGCAGCAUGGCUCUACGACGAGCAGGAUGAGCUCCAUCAGUCAGGCACUGAGGAGCAAGUACUUGUAG